AUGUUCACCCCGCAGCAGGUCAAGCAAUUCAAGGAGGCGUUCAAUAUGAUGGACCAGGACGGCGACGGCCGCGUCGAUGAGAAGGAUUUGCGGGCGAUGUUGACGAAUCUUGGCCAAACUCCCACGCCGACGCUGCUUGACGGCCUUCUCUCGUCGCGACCUGGCGGCGCGGCCGCAACCGACGAAGAGAAGGCGUCAGGCAUCAACUUCACUCAGUUCCUCGCUAUGAUGGGCGAGCGUCUCCUGUCGCUGGACGAGGAGCACGACAUGCUCGAGGCGUUCGCUUGCUUUGACGACGGUGACAAGGGCUACGUCAUGGUCGACGAAGUUCGGCCAGUGCUGAAGGAGAUGGGUGACCGCAUGACGGACGAGGAGAUCGACCGUCUGUUCUCAGGCCCCUUCACGGACCGCCAAGGUCGCUUCAAUUACGUCGAAUGGGCCAAGGUGCUCCGUGUCAACGACGGUGAGCCGGAACGCGAAGACGCCAUCCAGAUGUAA